UGUCUUCUUGAAAGUAAACGUUCUUUCAUUUAGUCUUUUGGGUGUGAUACUUUAGAUACAUUCUACUUUGGGUGCUCAACCUUUCUCAAACAUGAGUAAAUCGACUCAAGGGGUCUUUAUGUUAGCAAAUUUUAUUUUGCUACAAGGUAAAGUAGCAGAAGAUGAGAACAAGGAGAACACCAUUGAACAAACCAACAUCUCCUUGAACUCUGAAUAUGUUGCUUCGAACUCAACUGCUUCUGAUAAACCUGUUGUUAGUAAAUACAUGCCACCAAUUCCAGCGAAUCAGGGUGUCUGCUGCAAGUGUGCAUGUGCGAACAACAAGAGACAAGGCAUGGAUACGCCACCAGGGACAGGAAGAAAUAACUUCACAGUGAAGAAAAAGACUUGUUUUCACUGUGGAACAUCUGGUCAGAUAGCCCUAAACUGUCCAAAUCGCGCAUACGUUCCCUACUACGCACAAGGAUGGCAAAAUGUGCAGGGUGGGAGAUUCUACAAAAGAAAUCACUCAAGGUCAUGUUCAGACAAUGGUGACUGGAACGCACAGAAGGCCUAGAAUCCAACUCCCAAGAACAAGAAGGGAAUUCCGUCCCAGAAGACAAAUCCAAGAGAUGCUCCCGAGAAGCCAAAAUCAAAAUCAUAUCAGAAGCCAACUUCGAGUUCAAAAUCAAGUGCUGAGCCACCCAUCGGAUCGAAAAAGAAAUGGGUUAAACCCAGUUACAAAUGGGUACCAAAGGCUCAAUCUCCCAAAUCUUAUAACGAUUCUAAUAUUUCAACAUAUUCUGUUUGUGAUAAUCAAGACAUCUCGUGGGAGAAUGUUCCUUGCAAAGACGACAAAGGUCAACCCGGUUUCAAAAUGGAUUGGGUUCCAAAGACCAAUUGAUCCCACUCUGUGUCGAAGCAGCUAUGGAGGCAUAUAAGCAGACUUCAGUUUUUUGGUAGUGGCUGUUCCUGGCACUUGAUAGGGGACAUCUCUCAACUAUACAACAUUCCUACAUUUGUUUGAGAGUAUGUGUCCUUUGCGGGAAGGGAAGAAAGGAAGUGAUCACUCAUGGGGUUUGUGCUUAAUGACAUGAAGAAUUUUCGGAUCUGUUCUGAGAUUACACAUGCUGUUCUUACACCUUCUGGAUGCAAAUUCAAUCGGUGACUUACGGUUUGAGUUUUCUUCUCUAUACUCCUGAUUUUAUCUUAUUCUGAUUCGCUUCAAAGACAAAAUUUUGUUUUAGGAUAGUUUAAAUUUGCGCAUUUACUUUCGUUUCUCUCCUAUGCACAAAUUUAGGGGGGGAAAUAAAAACAAAACAAAAAUUUUUAAAUUUUAAAAAAUUAAAAAACAUUAGAAAAAAAAAAUCAUAUAUAUAUAUAUAUAUAUAUAUAUAUAUGUUGGUUAUGGAAUGUGCUUGAGGGAGAUGUUUUGGGAAGUGAUAUUAACAAGUGAUAACGGGCAAUCUGAGUCUGUGGAACGUACCCAAAGUUGAAGGGUCUAUGCUCUGGUUUGAUGCGUCGCUAGGCACGAAAGAUUCUAAAUGGUCAUGACUAGGCAAAGUUGAACUUAGAGAAUUCAUAGACUCAACAAAUCUUAACCUAGUUAGACCCGUUUAGUCUGACAAUACGACGCUUGGAUAGAUUGAGCAGGGAGAUAUAUAUGGGAAUCUACUCGUCACAUUAAAUGAACCUGUAUCUGGAACCGUGGUUUAACUUUUCCUCGAUGUGUGGAUUCUGUCCUUAAUUCCGGUAUUGAUGGGGCAACUGGUAAUUCCGAUAAAUUAGGUCUGUAGAAAAUCAUUUUCUUUCUUUCUUACUUUUAGUCUUAUGUUGCCUCCUCUACGUGAUUGGAAGAGA